AUGCUGAGAGAAGCAAAGACAGACGAUGUGCGUGUGCUGGAUGUGCGGCAGAGGGACUGUGACUUCACGGAUGAAUUUGUGAUUGCCACUGCCCGGUCCAAACUCCAUGCACAAACUGCUGCGCAAGCAAUUGUCUACCAGCUGAAGCAGCGGUGCAAAGAGGUGGCACCAGGGAUUGUCCCAUCUGUGGAAGGAUUGGGGACUGACUCUUCUUCCAACUCUCAGUGGCUAGUGGUGGAUUGUGGGAGUGUAGUGGCACAUGUGUUUGAGGAGGGCGCCCGGGAACUGUAUGAUUUGGACAGUAUGUGGGGUGGUCAGUCAAUGUCCCUGGAAGCUGCUUAG